AUGUUUGAGGAAUCUAUGGAGACGAUCUUGGGCUGGCCGGCCUCCAGCCAGUGCCGCCGAUCGGGGGGGGCUCCGGAAGAGCGGGAGCCCGAGGCCGCAGAGCGGCGCGCUGCUGGCGGCGUCCGGCAGGCCGUUCGCCGAGAUCUGCAGCGGGCAGUCCGAGCUCGUCCUGUGCCGCGGCAAGUGGUUCAACGCGCACCUCGCCUGGCUCACCAAGGACUUCUCCCUCAUGACCGAGCCGGAGCUCGCCGGACCCGUUUUUUUGCUCCACCCUCUCAUGCAAGCGAAGGAGUUCCAGAAGGCCCUGCUCACCCUGCAGAAGACAGCCCGUUCAGCAAGCUUACGCAGAAGCAGGCUGAGGCCGUCAUCGCUGAGCUCUCCAGCCGGGAGGACCACGGUGCGUCGAACAGGUUCGGCUGGAGCUUCGCGCCCGAGAUGGACGAUUUCUCGAGGUUGCUUCCAUUCAUGGUCAUGGCCUACAACGCCAUCGACCGGGACUCGGACGAGAUCGUGUCCAGAGAGGAGUUCGACGAAUGGUUGGAGAAGCCGACGCUCGAGCACCAGACGGAGGGCACAAAGUACAGCUCGGAGAGGCUGGAGGUGGUGGAGGCGAGCCUGCCGGGCUACUGCAAGCGCGGGCUGGACGGCCCCGACGGCCUGGUCUCGAAGAUGCGGAGAGCCAGGGCGCUCCACUUCGAGGAGGGCGAGCGCAGCUCCAUGUCCCUCAGGGACUUCACGCACCUCAUGAUGAAGGUCACGGUGGAGGGCCGCCGCCCCGCGCAGCCGCAGCCGCCGCCGCCGGAGGCGGAGCCGCAGGCCGCGGCGGCCGCCGCGGCGGCGUGA